AUGUACACCAUUAGAUUGAUAAUCGGCGAUAGCGGGGCGUCUGGUCUGGUAUAUCGAUAUCUUAUUGUUGAAUCAUCUAGUUUAAAGAAAGAUAAUAUGUGGAAAAUUCCAGUGUCUCUCGUGUACAAUAAUUACUCGAAAAUUUCCUCACCCACAAUAAAACGCAAUUUCCAAUCAAGAUCGAUCAACUUGAUUCCCUUACAUUGCCACCAUUUCAAAUCAAUUGUAAGACCAACUCGAUUACUUCGUCAAAAGUAUACCACAGCUUCCGAUAAUAGUUCAUCCCCAUUAUCUUCGACAUCCUCUGGCGACACCACGAUCUCAACUCGUCAAAAGCGUAUUGCACGACUCCUAUAUCAGUCACGUAAACGAGGAAUCCUAGAAACCGACUUACUAUUAUCGACAUUCGCAUCUGCACAUCUUUCAUCACUGAGUGACAAACAGUUAGACGAGUACGAGUCGUUGAUGUCGAUACCUGAUUGGGAUAUUUAUUACUUGGCUGUUGGUAAAAAAUCGGUUGAUCAAGUUGAGUUCAUUCGUUCUGGUAUUGUUCGAUUGAACACGAGCAAUAAAGAUGAUGUCGCUGAGAAUAUAGAAGCAUGGAAGAAUUCUGAAAUUUUGAAAAUGCUGCGUGAUCAUGUAAAGAAUAGAAUUUCUGUCGUGGAAAAUGGCCAGGAAAAGAAAAAAACGGGUGUAUUGAGGAUGCCAGAUUUGAAAUUUGAUUGA